ACUGAGUGUAAAAAUUAUUUUUUCAUUGUGCUCUAUCAGGUAUCUUCCAAGCUCCUUGUAUCAUAAUGAGUUUUAACACUUCCAGUGAAAAUAACUGGAAGAGGACUAAGCGGAAAAUUAUUCAACGUCGGUCAAUUUUCGAUCGACAACGAGAAGAACAGACAAUAAGAAAUGCAACAAACCGUGGAUAUCUACGACGAAUGACUGUGGAGUAUUUGAACGAUAACAUUGGAAUAGACGAAGAUGAUUUACCAAAUAUUCAGUUUAUAAACAUGACAUCCAAGCAACUCAAUUCCCUAAGUGCAUUAGAAAUGUGUAGCAGUUUAAGGAUAUGUAUUCUACCUGGAAAUUAUAUAACUGAGUUUGAUUCAUUGAUAAUAUGCGUCAAUCUGUGGGCUCUGGAUUUACACUCCAAUCAGAUAAAACGGAUACCAGGUCACAAAUUCUGGACUACCUUGCGUAAGUUGGAAAUUGCACUUCUUCACGAUAAUGGUAUUUCAAAAUUAGAUGCUAUUCGUUCUCUCAGUUGUUCUCCAUCGCUCACCAUUCUAACACUAUAUGACACACCUCUCAGUCUCAAAAAAAACUAUCGUCACCACGUCGUUAAUGGCAUAUGGUCUCUGAAAGCUUUAGACUUUUAUGUCGUCUCAGAUGAUGAGAUAAUUGAGGAUGCUCAGAUGCCGGAAAAGUAUUCUGCUCUCAGUAGAAAUUUCAAAGUGAAUCUUGCGCACAAUCUCACGCAGGAAUCCUGUCUUGAAGAAGCCGCGAAACAAAUGAAAGCAUUGUUAGACAGAGUAAACAAAACACAAGCGAGAUAUUGUCCUGUUCUAAUUGUUCAAAAGACAUUUAGAAUGUUUUCAACUCGAAAAAGAUACAAAUAUUUAAUGGCCAUGAGAGUUUGGGCUGCGACAUCUAUUCAACGGUUUUAUCGUCAUUAUAAAGGAAUUGAAAAGUCUAGAAUUGUUCCAUCCCUACCUGCUACACCAUUAGAUUUUUUUGGCAAAAAAAUCGAGAUAUCUAAAACAGUUCACUCUGCCAUGACUUCACCAUUAUAUCUUUCUGAUGAAGGAACUGAAAAAUCUUCAUUUGUUUCGCCUCCUCCAACCACACCAUUAGAACAAACAACCGUUCUCAAACAAGGGACUGGGGGAGAGGAUGCUAUACACGGUUCAAGACAAGAAAUUGUACAUGUUCCAUUCGUUAAUUAUACAUCAGAGCAAGAAACGGUGAGUUCACCUACGUCUACUUUGUCUUAUGAACCGUAUAAAAGACGACCAACAGUGGAAAGCAAACAAAGAAAAACUUCAACGCAAGCAACAAAACGUGAUAAAGCUUUCACAAAUGAUUCGAAACAAAGCAAAAAAUCGUUCUCACAUGAUGUUAAAUCAGGUGGUGUACAUACCGUCAAAGUUAACUUUGAUGAAAAAAAUUCAAGUUCAGUGGAUGAGGCAGGUUUUAAAAGCCUUGAGGCUUUAUCAGAAGUAGUUGAAGGACAGAAGAAAUUACAACGACCAUUGAUGAUUGACGUAAAGAAGUUUGAGUCCUCUGCAAUCAGUACCAUUAAAAGUGCUCUAGACAACAUGACAGAUUACAGUAGCAUUGGACUUGACAAGAAAUCAACUUCAGUAAAAGUUGUGAAAAAUAGAACAGGCGACAAGAAGAUUGUUGAAGAACAAAUGAGCGUUGAACAAACAAAAAAAGACGAUGAUGAACAAGAAAAUCCGGCUUGUGAGCGUCGUUUGAAGCCGAAAAAAAUCGGAAAAUAUCAUACUGUUCGAGCGUUCUUGGGAAAUGUUAUUGAACAGAACGUAAAACAAGAUAUGGUCAUCGAUAACGACGAAGAUGAAACAAAUGCCUUCCUAGUAUGUGGGAAAGAACCACCAAUACAGAAGAAUGAACCAAUAGCAGAUAUGUUGAUGUUAAAGAAAGAAAUUGGUGAAGAUAUAAGACGUUCACUUAAAAAACUGCAAACUGAGAAACGACGGCGGCGAAGACAAAAGAAAGACACGAGCGUUACAUUGAAAUUAUCUCAAGAUCAAAGAUUAUUUCUGCGCACUCACGGCACAAUGGGACUAGUGUGCCUCAGGGCUGUGCAUCAAGCAUAUGAGGACCGUAAUGAAGCUCAACGUCAAGCUGCUUUAUCUGAAAAAGUGAGCAAGAUGAAGGAAAGUCGAGAGCUAGCUAUUGAGAAAGUUACGGUAAGCAGGACUGUAGGAAGAUCGAUGAUUGUUAGGGAAAGAAUCUGAAACACGAACAUCGCGAGAAUAUCAUAAAAGACCGCAUUCACGAUGGUGUAAAGAUCGCGGACUCUCUACGAGCAAGUAUG